AUGAUGUCAAGUAUCGGAGGACCGAAAAAAAUCAAAAGACAGCUCCUAAUGCCCGUAGCCCAAAGUCAGCUGCUGUACGCUGCGACGGUGUGGGCCUUGGCAUUAGUCUUUGAAAAAAAAAUUUCUGGGAUACCGUGUUCGCAACGUCUGAUGGUUAUUAGUUCUCCUAGAGAUGAGCAAUAUAUUAGGCAAAAAAGACGAUCUUAUCCCCUCCCACAAAGCGAGAGUUGA